CGCCUAGGGUGGCUGUGGAUGGCCACGUUGCCUGGCAACCAGGUAGCUGUGUCCCUUGAGCUGGGUCCACACAGCUGCGGCCCAGCCCUGCCUGGCUUCUCCCGGGCCUGCGGGACCCCUGGGGCCCUAUUCUUAUUCCCAGACACCAGGACAGCUGGUGCCUCUGGUCACAAUGAAUGCUGUUCUCUUCAGGUUCCCGCCUCCCCAGGGACAGCCAGGUGAGGGUGAUGGAGGACACCGUGACCAACGCUGAGAAGUACUUUGGCCAGUUCUGCUCACUGCUGGCAGCCUACACCCGCAAGACGGCCCGGCUUCGGGACAAGGCCGACCAGCUGGUCAAACAGCUCAUUGGCUUUGCCAACACGGAGAACCCUGAGAUGCGGGCCACCAUGAGGAGCUUCGCAGAGGACCUGGCCAAAGUGCAGGACUACCGGCAGGCCGAGGUGGAGAGGCUGGAGACCAAGGUCAUCAACCCCCUGAAACUCUACGGGGUGCAGAUAAAGCAGACGCGGGCUGAGAUCAAGAAAUUCAAGCAUGUCCGGAAAAACGAAAUCAAACAACUGGAAAAGCUGGAGAAACUGAGACAGAAGUCGCCUUCCGAUAGGCAAAUGAUCUCCCAGGCGGAGACCAGUGUCCAGAGGGCCUCAGUGGAUGCCAGCCGCACCACCCACCAGCUGGAGGAGGCGGUGGACGCCUUCCAGAAGCAGAAGCUGAAGGACCUACAGAAAAUUUUUUUGGACUUUGUAACCAUUGAGAUGAUCUUCCAUGCCAAAGCAGUGGAGGUGUAUUCCAGUGCCUUCCAGGCCCUGGAGAACUACGACUUGGACAGAGACCUGGAGGUGCCUAAUCUAAAGGUGGGGAAUUUCCACAACGCUGUUAUCUGGAGCAUCAAUGGGUUUAUGGUCACUUGGGUGUUUAAACCAACAAUCAACAGGGACAAAAGGCAUCUGCAGACAGGCGCCCGCUGCAGGUUGGGCGUAGACGGAGGGCUUGCUAUCCGCCUGCCUCCGGCCUGAUUAAAAUCUAGCCUGAGCUGAGUCAUCCGAGCUGGGUGGAACCGCAGCCGCUCCCACGAAUUGCCUCCUGUGGUUCUAGGGCCCCACGGCUCACAGUGGGGUCUGACUUUGGUUUUCAGCUGCUCAGUAGCUGGGGCUGGCGGUGCUUCAAAGGCUUCCUCACUCACAUCUGGUAGGUGGUGGCUGUCAUCCUUGUACAGGACAGGCCACGGGAUUUGCAGAGUCCAAUGCAAAAUAAAACUGUGGGCCCUUUGUUCAACAAUUACCAAGGAUUUCCAGAUGUCACCGGCAGAGUAUUACACCAUGCAUGGGGCCCUCCUGAGCGUGGGGGCCCUGGGUGACUUCAGGAGCCACACACUCACAAAGCCUGUCCUGUCUGGGUCCUCAGCAAGGUCUGUAGCCUGAACACCUACCCGUGGCCUCUCCCUGUGGCAUGGGCUUCCUCUUGGCAUGGUGGCUGGUCUAAGAGCAAGCAUCUUGAGACAGAGCCAGGUGGAAAUUGUGUCACCUUUUAUGACCUCCCUUAAAAGUAGUUUAGUGUUAUUCUGCAGCUGUCUUUUCCUUAGGAGUGAGUUGGUAGGGCCGCAUUCAAGGGGAGGAGAAUUAUAUUCCAGCUCCCGAUGGGAGACCUGUGAGAGGGCAUGCCUCGGUGGGCAAGCGUUAAAAUCGCCGUCUAUGGUUAAAUGCCGAUCGGAUGGGCAAUAUUCCAUAAUAUCCUCUGGCGGGGGAGCGUGAUCUCUGAUUUCCCAGGGUGACUGUGGAUGUGUUACUUAGCCUCUCUGGGCCUCACUUUCCCCAUCUAAAAGGCGGAUGGUAAUGCCCACCUACCUGGCUGCUGUAGAUUACAUGGAAUCACAAGCAGAUGCCCCAGGCAGGACCUGGUGUGGGUGGGGUCCCUGCAGAGCUAGCUGGGCACCGGCCCCUCACCGCACCGUCUCUCCUUCCCACCCCCACCCCUCCUCUGUUUUCCGAUGGGCCUCGCCCCACCGUGGUCUCUCCUAAGCAGGAUUUUAGAGUGAAGAUGCGUGGGGUCUAUGAGCACAGCGACGCUCGGCUGCUCACCGACACCUUCCCGUCUCAGGCGGUCCCGUGGUCC